AUGCCACACCGCGAACGCUCGAUCGCGCAGUCGCUCGGCUUGCCCACGACUAAGAGAGUGAAGCAGAGCCGAGUGCUGGUUGUAGGCGCCGGUGGCAUUGGAUGCGAGCUGUUGAAAACCUUGGUCUGCUGUGGCUUCGGCAGUGGAUACCAACCGCCUCAAGGUCUGAAUGGCGCUCAGCAACCCACCGUGCCUGAACCCGUGGCGGACAAGAAGGCGGAGAUUGUAGUCGUUGACUUAGACACCAUCGACCUGAGCAACCUGAACCGGCAAUUUCUGUUUCGAAAACACCACAUCAAGAAGCCCAAGGCCAUCGUCGCGAAAGAGACGGCCAGCCAGUUCAACCCAUCUGUCAACAUCGAUGCUCACCAUGCGUCCAUUUAUGACAAUCAGUAUGACGUCCAAUUCUACGAAGGCUUCGACAUCGUAUUCAACGCGCUGGACAACCUCGCCGCGCGCCGCCAUGUGAACCGCAUGUGUCUGGCUGCCAACGUUCCCCUGAUCGAGAGUGGCACUACUGGGUUCAACGGUCAGGUGCAGGCCAUCAAGAAGGGAGAAACGGAAUGCUACGAUUGCAACGAGAAGCCCGUGCAGAAGUCAUUCCCGAUCUGCACAAUCCGAUCGACGCCAUCACAACCCAUCCACUGCAUAGUCUGGGCCAAGUCAUAUCUGCUACCUGAAUUGUUUGGCACCAGCGAGGACGAUUCGUCAGAUAUGACCAUUACGGACACCGACGACGCUGAGGAGGUUGCAAAGCUGAAGGAGGAAGCUGAGGCACUGAAGAAGAUUCGAGGACUGAUGGGCAAGAGUGGAUUCGCGAAGGAGGUCUUCAACAAAGUCUUUACCGACGACAUUGAGCGUCUACGAGAGAUGGAGGACAUGUGGCAGAGCAGGAAGAAGCCAGAAGCUCUUCGCUUCGAAUCCGUCAGCAUCGAUGCGGAUCCAAUCAAGCAGGGACAAGCACUGGCCACUCAAGACCAAGAGGUAUGGAGUCUACAGGACAAUCUCAAGGUCUUCACCUACGCGUUGGAUGCUCUCAGCAAUCGCAUGCAAGCUGGUGAGAGCGCCAUAGAAUUCGACAAGGAUGACAAGGACACUCUCGACUUUGUGGCAGCCGCAGCGAACUUGCGAUCGCACGUCUUCGACAUCCCAGUCAGCAGUGAGUGGCAAAUCAAGCAGAUGGCGGGCAACAUCAUUCCCGCCAUUGCAACUUCGAACGCCCUCACAGCCAGCUUGUGUGUUUUCCAGGCCUUCAAGAUCAUCCGCAGUCAGACACCAGUACGAAAGCCUUCAGUUCCAGCCGCUGUCUACACCGCGAAUAGCGCCGAAGCCAAUGGCAGGACCGAGCCGCCGUUGGGAGGUUCCAAGAUGGUGUUCCUCGAAUCGAAGAAGACAGACCGCAUGAUUGCGAGUCAGAGCUUGGUGGCGCCGCGAGAGGACUGCCCGGUCUGCUCGCCGUUCUACGCCAAAGUCCACAUCAAAGAAGGCAGCAGGCCGACGAUGCAGCAGCUGGUGGACCUCCUCAAAGUGCGUCUCAACUACGAGGACUUUUCAAUUGCAGCGGCAGAGGGAAAGUUGAUCUACGAUCCGGACCUCGAGGAGAAUCUGCCCAAAGCACUGGCAGACUUCGGUGUCGACGGCACGAGCAUCGAUUUCCUCAGCGUGCAGGAUGACAGCGACGAGCCCAAGGUCGAUCUCGUGCUAAGCGUCAAGAGCAAGCCUACCGUUGAAGGCGACGAUGACAUUGCGCUGUUCCCCGAUACCAUCAUUCUACCGCCUAAGCCGCCGAAGAAGACCGAAGCCAACGGCGACUUGGUGGACCCCGGAGACAUCAACCCAGUUCCAGUCCUCAGUACAAGCACCAAGCGAAAGCGCGAAGGCGAGGACGACCUCGAAGAGAACGCUGCGAAGAAGACGAAAGCGGACACGGAGCCCGUCUACGUAGUCGAAGACGACGGCUCGAUCCUUCUUGAUUGA